ACAUACGCAUUAACGCAUCGUGGGUGUGUCAUUGGGCGGUGGCGUCCUUAGCAACAAGUCAAGCCUUAUGUGGAGGAUUUUGUUGUUUUAUUUCACUAUCGUGGACAGAACUUAAGUAAGUGUAGCAGACCUGGCAAUGGUUGUGACCCAAAUUGUGGUGCUGACUUUGUCUGUGGUGUUUAUUGACGCGAAUGUCUACCCGUCCAGCAGGAUCGUCUACUACCUCCACACCACCCCCGCCUCCUGGGUGGGUGCCAGAGAUUCCUGCAACCGUUACGGAGGUCACCUGGUCAAGGUCGUCGAGUCGGAUGACCUGAGGGCGGACAUCAUCACAGUGGACACGUUCCUCGAGUGGAAGGGGGCGUACAGCAGCCUGACCUCCGAUGUCUGGACCGGCCUCUACAAAUACCUGGACACCAACACCAGCAGCGACCAACUCAUGUGGCACAGCUGCGACCCCUUCUCCCCCCUGACGGACACCAACUCUGGUAUCGGUGCCUCCCUCAGGGCCAGCCCACACUACUGCACCAGCAUGGAUCACGACUACAAGCUGCAGGCCACGAACUGCACGAAGGAGCUGCCGUACAUCUGCCAGAUCGACGAAGGUCAGUGUUGGUUUCUGCCUCUGGAGAACAAAGAGUUCAAAAUAAACGCAACACAGAGCAACACAACGGAGGGGCUGAACGCAUGCGCUCAGACGUGCAGGAAUUUUGUGUCCGCUGCCGGUGUUGAGUGCUGGGGUUUUGUGGUAAUCAACAACACGUGUGAGAUUUACAAUUCAGACAAACGACACGCCUACAUUCGUGAUCUGCCCACCUAUAUCACAAACGCCAACGACAAAGUUGCUUACCUAAAGAUAUGCACAGGAGGCGAGCCCACCACAAUGAAGGCCUUGAACAGAAAUGUUGUUGUCAAACCAGAUGCCGAAAACUGCACAAAACCGGCUGAUGGGGCAGCCUGGGACUCUGGCGUCUGCUACUGUGACUGUGAUCAGCCGCCCGUUAUUCUGGCACCGGAGUACCUGAGUAUGUCGGUGGAGGAAAAGGUACAGAAGGCGGUGGAGGGUCUCAAGGUGGACAGCAAGAACACGUCUGCUGCCUUCAUGAAACUCAACAGUAUUGAGGACCACAGGCCCAGCGCCCAGAGCUUGGGAGGGGUGGGAAUCGGCAUCCUUUGCUUCGUUUUUGGUGGGCUGAUACUUCUGGACAUGAACGUGCUGAUAGCCCACGUGAUCAAGUUGUUGGGGAAAUUGAAACCUGCAGAAACCGCGGAGGAGAGCAAAGAAUAAACAAGCAGACGACUGACUGGCAGACGUGGAGCUGGUUAAAAACUAAAACUGUUUUAUUCGAUUCAAAACAUGUUUGGCUUAUAGAGAAAUUUAUAGACAAACCAUUCUACACUAAGUUUUGAUGGAAUUUAGGGGGUGGGGUAGAAUUAUGAUUAAUAUUGUAAUAAUCAGUUUAAGGUUGUAUAAGAUUAGACAGAGGCGUAGCGAGGGGGUGGCGGGGGGUGCGAACCGCACCGUGUGACACCAUUUA